GCACAAUCAUGACCAUCGGCGCCAGGCAGCCACAAACGACAACAGAUGCUCAUACGAGUGGGAUAUCAUCCCAUUUACAGGGCUCAUUUGCUACUGGCCCGCGGGGUCGGAGGCAUUGAGUUUCUGCCCCCGAACCUCCAGAGGAUGGAUAAAGUAGCCAAUAUUUUCAACCUCUAUUCUCGACACCCGAGCGAAGUACCCGGUAUCCCUUCCGACCUCUCUUCCCAAGAUGCCCUUCGACCCGAGACCGUGUUCCAAAUCUGCACAGCCGCCAAACGAGACUUCGAUCCUUUCAUCGCCUCCGAUCUGGGCGAGUUCUUGGCCCGUAUCAGACACGUUUUAAGUUUGGUCCUCGGACAUCCUGACUGCAACGAUGAAGACAGGAAGAAGGUCGACGAUGCGUGGCAGUGCGUUUGUCACGAUCUAAGAGAGGCUAUCUCGUUUAUUGUGCAGAACAUGGAGCUUCUAUGUGCAGCUUGGGAAGCCGGCCGGCCUUAUCUGGGUCCCGACACAAAGGCUGGUCGAGCGAGGAUGACGAAGGCGCAAGCUACCUCUACAAUGGAACUUAAGCUUGCAGAUCCUAGUUCUCUCGAGCCCGAUAACCCUUCAAGAGAGAGUAUCAAUGAGGCCUGCUUCUCCUCCCCUGCUACUACUGCUCCUACCCCUGAAGAUCAUCGCUUACGCCAACAUGAACUCAUACCAAAUCCGACGCCUCCGGGGUCGUUUCCGUCGGGAGACAAGGAGGAGUGCGUGAACGCUACACGGACAGCUUUGGGAGCUUUGUCGCUCUCUGAACAGAACAGACGCGGAAAUAAGACCACAAGUCCCGAGAGAGCACGCCGAGACCAGCACGAGGACGAGGGCUACAAACCUAUGUCGGACAUGGGUCAUGUAUCACCUGAGGACGAUGAGGACGACGGCGAGGACCUCGACAUCCAGAACGACAUGCACGAGGACGAGGGCCGCAUCCGUCUGUCGGACAUGGGCUAUGUAUCACCCGAGGACGAUGACAGUAAGAGUGAUGAUGACGACAAUGACGACGGCGGCGGCGGCGGCGACUGCGGCGACGAGCAGGGCCAGAACCAGCUCCAGCACCGAUACCAUUCUGAGGACCAGGAGGAGGAGCGCCGACUCGGUGACCAGACCUCCCAGGUCAGGAACUGGCUUCUGCCCAAGUGGAAUGCCCGAUGGCAGGCCCUGUACCAACCACAGCUACAGCAGGUACGGCAGCUACACCUGCAGCAGCAACGCCUCAACCUUUCUGGGGGCCAUGGAGAGACUCCGACGAUGAGAUGGCGUCACAAUGAUUCCUCGUCAGAGGGAAUGGAUGGUCAGAUGAAGUCAGUUAAGGCUGGUGAAUAUCCUUUCUCCAGGAGACCGGAAGAAGCUGAAUGUUCCACACUAUCAUCGAGCCAACCCAACCUUGACCAAAACAUCACCGAUCCCGAUAGCCAUAGCUCCAAUGGUAAUCCUAUAAUUGAGGAGCACAUAUGAUGUCCCCACCAAGAGCCUGGGGACGAUAUGUGGUUACCACCGUGUGAUCACCCCAGCCAUCAACAACAGAUGGUCACAGGGUCAGAAGCUGUUUCGACAGAAGACGCACACGAUGUCCCAUGCCCCCGUAGCUACCACUCCGGCUGCCACAUCAAAUCCUGAAAGCGAUGCAAUGAUGCUAAUUCUCCUCCACUUCCUGCAGACAUGUAUCAGAAUCCGAGGAAUUGAACUUGAAUAAUCCGAGGACGAAUCUGACAUGUACUACAAAGUAGACGAACAUUGCUGCUGGGGCUGAGGAACACGAUGUUAGCCCUGGUCAGCCGGAACAGAAUGCACAUGAUCCCGCGGACAAAUUUUUUUAUUUUAUUUCAUUUUUAUUUUUUAGUUGAUGCUUGAAAACAAUCUAGUGGAUUGGCUGUUCUGUUGGUUUCAAGUCUGGAACGAAUCUCUUGUAAGCAGAAGACAACGAAAUAGGAAACAGAUAAUGACAAACUUCAAAACUCCCGAAAA